CGGUGGUGGCCGGCAACGAGCAAAGUAUAGACGGGGUGGGAAGCUUAUGUAUAUGCAAGUUCCGGGGACAAGCAGCCGAUCCGCCGCCGCCGCCGUCGUAGAGGCAGCAGUCGUUCGUUAACCGCCAACGAUAUCGUCCGAGCGACCACGUUUUGUGUGUACGAUUUGUUAAUUAGAUAUUUUAUUUUUUAUCGUGGGUACGUUUGUUUGUUUUUUUUAUCACAUGUAGAACUGUGUUCUUAGAGUAAUUUUCUAUCGAAACCAUCCUCAUUAUAUGUCUAGGACGUUUUCGACAGAAAAUUGUUUUUCAUAUUAAUCAAAAGUUUUUGUUAAUUGUUCACCAUUAUGAAGUCGAUAAAAUAUUUCUACAGUAGACGCAAAAUCAAAGUACUAAAUCGGUUAUUGUUAUAAUAACAAUAACUACCGCAACAACGCACAGUCAUCGAAGGUGCCUAAUUCGGCCGUGUGGUGGCUGCUGCGGAUUGUCUUUCAUGUAUCCCGGUGGCCCGGCACCGGCGAGCCGCUACAGCGAUCAUGGCAUUGGACAAGACGUGCUGUGCGCAUAUAUGCCCGGUGUCAGCCGCCACAAAGCCGCCGCCCAACGAAUGCCUGGACGUUCGCAAAUGGUGGUGGUUCCUGCUGUCCAGCGUGUUCACGUUCUUGGCCGGUCUGCUAAUUGUUCUACUAUGGCGGUUCUUCGCAUUCCUGUUCACGCAAAAACAACCCAUCGAACUAGUGGCACCGGGAUGCCCCAACUCCGAGCCCAAAAAAGAGCAAAAGCGUCAGGGCAAACAAGAGUUCGAGGGCACAUUCAUGACAGAGGCCAAAGACUGGGCAGGCGAACUAAUAUCCGGGCAAACGACUACUGGGCGAAUACUGGUGGUGCUUGUGUUCAUUUUAAGUAUAGCUUCUCUAAUAAUUUAUUUUAUCGAUGCUUCAAACGAGGAAGUUGAACGAUGUCUAAAAUGGAGUCAUAAUGUUACUCAACAAGUAGAUUUAGCGUUCAAUAUCUUUUUCAUGGUUUACUAUUUUAUAAGAUUUAUUGCAGCCAGUGAUAAGUUAUGGUUUAUGUUAGAAAUGUACUCAUUUGUAGACUAUUUCACGAUUCCACCAUCGUUUCUUUCAAUAUAUUUAGGUCGAACUUGGAUAGGUUUAAGGUUUCUUCGAGCCUUGCGUUUAAUGACAGUGCCUGAUAUUUUACAAUAUUUAAAUAUAUUAAAAACGUCGAGUUCUAUUCGACUUGCUCAACUCGUAUCUAUUUUUAUAUCUGUAUGGUUAACUGCAGCUGGAAUCAUUCACCUUCUGGAAAAUUCAGGAGAUCCUUUUGAGUUCAGAAACCAACAGAAAUUGUCAUAUUGGACUUGUGUGUAUUUUUUGAUAGUUACUAUGUCAACUGUUGGGUACGGAGAUGUUUUCUGUCAGACAAUUUUGGGCAGAACUUUUUUAGUAUUUUUCUUGCUAGUUGGACUUGCGAUUUUUGCGAGUUGUAUACCCGAGAUAAUUGACCUGAUCGGGACUAGACCAAAAUAUGGAGGAACCCUGAAGAAUGAACGUGGAAGGAGACAUAUUGUUGUCUGUGGACACAUCACAUAUGAAUCAGUUUCUCACUUUUUAAAAGACUUUUUGCACGAAGACAGGGAAGACGUGGACGUUGAAGUCGUAUUUUUACACAGGAAGCCACCUGACCUGGAGUUGGAAGGACUUUUCAAGCGACAUUUUACCACUGUUGAGUUUUUCCAGGGUUCUAUAAUGAACCCUAUUGAUUUACAAAGGGUUAAGGUUCAUGAGGCCGACGCUUGUUUGGUUUUAGCAAAUAAAUACUGUCAAGAUCCUGAUGCAGAAGAUGCCGCCAAUAUUAUGAGGGUUAUUUCUAUCAAAAAUUACUCGGACGACAUAAGGGUCAUUAUUCAACUCAUGCAGUACCAUAAUAAAGCGUAUUUACUAAACAUUCCAUCGUGGGACUGGAAACAAGGCGACGAUGUCAUUUGCUUGGCUGAGUUGAAACUCGGUUUCAUCGCUCAAAGUUGUCUAGCUCCAGGUUUCUCUACAAUGAUGGCGAAUUUGUUCGCUAUGAGGUCUUUCAAAACGAGUAGAGAUGUGAUAGAGCGUUUGAUACCGUGUAUAGUUCCUGUGAAGAGUGUGGAGUUUGGUGUAUUUCAGUCUCCGGAUACGCAAGCGUGGCAGAACGACUAUCUGCAGGGGACCGGCUGCGAGAUGUAUACGGAAACCCUAUCCCCAUCGUUCACCGGCAUGACGUUUCCGCAAGCCAGCGAGUUAUGCUUCACCAAGUUAAAACUGCUGUUAUUGGCUAUUGAGAUAAAAGGUGAAGACGGUCGGGAUAGCAAGAUAUCAAUAAACCCCAGAGGAUCAAAAAUACAAGCCAGCACCCAGGGAUUUUUUAUUGCACAAUCAGCAGAUGAAGUUAAAAGGGCGUGGUACUAUUGCAAAGCUUGUCAUGAAGAAAUUAGAGACGAAACAUUAAUAAAGAAAUGCAAAUGCAAAAAUUUGGCGACAUUCCGGAAAGGCGUUCGCGCUAUUCAAAUGGUCGGACGGGCAAACGAUCAUCCCCCCCCCACGGAAACUCCACCAACUCUUCCAAAGAGAGUACAUAAUAUCAGAGGUGACGUUGGAAAGGAAAAAGAAAUUACACCAGUUAUGGGUAACAAAAAUGGUACAACUAUGCCUAAUUCAAUCAUAUCGGUAGCAAAACAAGUAAACAAAGUUAAACCAAUUAAUAGGCAAGCGGAUAAAGGUUCUCCAAACCAAACAUACAAUGGACGAGUACAACAAGAAGAAGGAAGCUACGCUGGAUAUCAACUUGCAUAUGAAGUCAAAAAAUUAUUACCAACUACUCGCGGAGGCUCUACGGGUACAAAUAUGAAUAACAAUGGUAUUCAAAUAGGAAUUGCUGAUGAUCAAGCAAAAGAUUUUGAUUUUGAAAAGACUGAAAUGAAAUACGACUCGACUGGUAUGUUUCAUUGGAGUUCAGCAAAAAGUCUAGAAGAGUGCAUACUCGAUAGGAACCAGGCAGCCAUGACUGUGUUAAAUGGUCACGUCGUAGUGUGUCUUUUUGCAGAUCCAGACUCUCCAUUAAUUGGACUUAGGAAUUUAGUUAUGCCUUUAAGAGCUUCAAAUUUCCAUUAUCAUGAAUUAAAACAUGUAGUUAUUGUUGGCGCUGUUGAUUACAUCCGUCGUGAAUGGAAAAUGUUACAAAACUUACCAAAAAUUUCUGUUCUCAACGGAUCCCCAUUAAGCCGAGCUGAUUUACGAGCGGUGAACGUUAACUUGUGUGACAUGUGUGUGAUAUUGUCAGCAAAAGUUCCUAGUAACGACGAUCCUACAUUGGCCGACAAAGAGGCCAUUUUAGCAUCAUUGAACAUUAAAGCGAUGACUUUCGAUGACACUAUUGGGGUGCUCACCCAAGACGAAACUGUAUCAACCAAACAGUUUGACCCAGAUAGUUUAAACUGUGCGGGUGGACCGAUAGUUUUGCAAAGGCGAGGAUCUGUAUAUGGAGCAAACGUUCCUAUGAUUACUGAAUUGGUUAAUGACAGUAACGUACAAUUCCUUGAUCAAGAUGACGACGAUGAUCCUGACACCGAACUAUACCUUACACAGCCAUUCGCUUGCGGUACUGCUUUUGCCGUUAGUGUUUUGGAUUCACUGAUGUCGACGACGUACUUCAACCAAAAUGCACUAACCCUUAUCCGAUCAUUAAUAACUGGAGGAGCAACGCCUGAAUUGGAACUAAUACUAGCGGAGGGUGCUGGUCUUCGGGGUGGAUAUAGUACGGAUGAAAGCUUAUCCAACAGAGAUAGAUGUCGAGUAGGGCAGAUUUCGUUGUACGAUGGUCCUUUAGCACAAUUUGGAGAAGCGGGAAAAUAUGGCGAUCUUUUUGUAUCUGCUCUAAAAUCUUAUGGAAUGUUGUGUAUUGGUCUAUACAGGUACCGGUUCAGAGAUCGAAGUUCAUCUUGUGACGCAUCUUCAAAAAGAUACGUCAUUACAAAUCCACCUGAUGACUUUUCUCUUAUGCCCACUGAUCAGGUAUUUGUUUUAAUGCAAUUUGAUCCUGGACUUGAGUAUAAACCAACCAGCAGAAAUGGCGGCCGAGUUAAAGAUGAUAACUCCUGACUAUUGCUUUGUAGCGCUCUCACAGACGGCCCAUACUCGUAUAUUUAAAUUGUACUAUCAUUUGAAUUAGCAAUCACAUAAAAUAUUUUCGAAUGAAAAUAGUUACAUCUAAUAAUCGAAGUCAAUCGAUUUUACUUGAUUUUUAAAUAACCGCUCAUUUUUUAUAUACACAUCAUAAUGUUAUACAGCUGCCCUAAGAAAUAGCUUUAUUGAUUAAUUUAAGAUUAAUAUUGACUUACUCUUUGAUAUAAUAAAAAUAUUUUGAUGGUAUAGAAAAAAUCGAGGGGAUCCGUCCUUACUUUUCAUAUUUAUUCUAUUAAUUUCGAUUGACUCAUCUAACAUCGUAAAUAAAACUAAAUAUUAAUUCUUCAGAAAAAAAAUGUUUAUUGACAUACAAUAUUUUGGACUGUAAUUAAAAAUUGUUUUUAUGUAAACCAUUUUUAGGAACGAUUCAAUAAAUUUGAACUAUAUUGUAAAAAGCAUAAUUUAGUACUUUUUUUUGGAAAAUUAAUAUUUAGUGAAUUAUUUUUAAUGAUUCCGUACUUCAAGUUUU